CUUCCGUCUCGCUAUUGAAGGGAGGCAAACGGAACCUUUGUCCCCGGGACGCAUGUUCCGGAGGGGCCCCAAAAUACUUGGCGCCGAGAAAAACUGGUUCCCAUGGUAACCGCUGGCGCGUCUAAGUGCUAAAAAGCGACUAUGUCGGCUUGCGGGGACCACGGCUCGGAGUCCCGAUAUACUUUCCAUUACCUCCGCCAGAAAAGCUUUCCGGCCUUGGAGAGCAAAGGCACACGGGAACGGCUACUCAAAUGGUCCAUGGAUGGCAGAAUCACAGCACAGGCAUUCAGUUUUGAUCAGAAUCUCAAAGGCUACCAACAAGAUGAUUUUCUAAUGGCUUUUUUUAAUCACUCAGAAGUUAACAGCAAUUUGAAAUUGCUUUCAUCAUCUGGACAGUGGACUACAUUGAAUACUAAAGUGAAAAAAGUUGACGCCAAGAAUAUUUUGUGUACCCAAGUUUCUAUGUCAUUUUUUGACCGAUUAUACUGUGAAGGACUUGUCCGAGAAAAUGGGACUAUUGUAAAGUGUUUUGAUGAAUACCAUGAUGAAAUUCUUAUUGCAGAUGAGCUGAGAAAGGUACUACUUCUGGAUGAUUCAGACCACUAUGACUUAUUCAGCCAUUUAGACCGUGAAGAGUUUCUUUUUUGCAUUUUUAAACACCUUUGCCUUGGAGGAGCUUUCUGUCAAUAUGAAGAUGAUCUCGGCCCAUACUUAGAAACCACAAAAUCUUUAUAUAAGGAUCUAGUGAGUGUACAAAAGGAUCCUGAAACAAAUAUAAACAUAGUAUCUACUGUGUUUAAAGUGUGUGCAUAUGAUGCUGAUGGCCUUUGUUAUCCUUCAUCCAAUAACCAUGAACAAAAUUUUGCCUAUUUGAUUGUGAAUCCUUCAAAUCGUCAUAUCUAUGUUUUGUACCAUGUUUUUGGAGUAUCUUCAUUCUGUGAGUGAUUGCUCAUAGUUAUUCAAUUAGUUCUCGUAAAUAGAGGAAUUUGUUUUAAAUAUUGUUUGUUGGAAUUCCAAUAUUGUUAGGGCAUUAGAAAUUACUUGCACACUGAAUGGAAUUGAUUUUGUCGGAAUGUUGUUAAAUUAAUGUUACCAAUACCUGCAUAUACCUUGAAAUGGGCGAUUGCUAAAUUAACUUACAUCCUGUCCUUAGAGAUCUUUAUUUUAAUAAUUCUUUUAUUGUACCACUAAUAAAUUAUUAAGCA